AUUUCGUUUUACUUUAACAAAUGAUAGGCUGGGCAAGCUACUCUGCGGAGAAAUAAUGGAGUUUAGAAACGGAUCUUCGUGAACGAAAAAUAGGAGGGAAUGUUAGAAUCAAUCGAGUUGUUGUCAAAUAGUGGUGAACCUUCGAAGGAAGAGGUGAAGUUGAGUACGUCCGCGAAAAACGGUUGUGAUUCCUUAUAUGUGAAAGACGUUUAAGAGAACGACGGAUUUUAAGUAUUAUUACCAUAUAUAAGUUUUACGUAUUAUUAUUACUAUUUUUUGAAUUUAUAUAAGAGCAAUAAUGGAAAAGGAAGAAGUAAUCAAAAAUUUACGUGCAUGUCUAAUAUCUUCAAAGGGCGGUGUUAACAUAGAAAAUUUAAGUAAAGACUAUAGAAUGCUCAUUGAUGAUAAUAUACCAUUUCGAAAGUUAGGAUAUCAGACUUUGGUAGCUUUUUUACAAACUGUUCCUGGUAUAAGAAUUGUUGAGAAAGGUCCUGAAAUCUAUGUAGAGGCUAUACCUACUGAGGAAUCUGCGCAUCUUACAAGAUUGAUUGCACGUCAGAAAACAGUAUGCAAAAAACAUAAAAAAUUGGUAAAUGCUCGGAAACCAACACCAUUUCGUUUACCUUUGAUGACGAAAAGAUAUAUGCGUCCUACACCAAGAACUAAUGAUAAUUUGUAUUCACAAACAAGUGGAAGACAAAAUGUAGUUGUUCCUGCAAUGCCAACAAAAGUUACUAUUUAUCGGAAUGAUGAAAAGCCAAGAUACAUACAAUCCAAUUAUGGAGUACCACCAAACUCUCCAAGCAAAAGACUGAAAGACAGACAAAUGAAUUCUGUUGUGGCAACAAACCAAAGUGUCAAUCAAUCUAAAAAUGCGGAAAUUGUAAAAACUGAUACAAAGUUGGUGCCACCUGUGAUAAAUCAGAAACCAAAGACUGUUAAUAACAAUAUGGAAACACUUAAGAAAAUUGCUAAUAUAAGUGAAAGACUCAAGGUUAAUUCUAAUGUCCCACCAGCGCUAAGCUUGAAUACCAAUAUUCCAACACCAUCUUCACCUUCUUGUAAAUCUGAAGUUUUAUCACCACUUUCUCCUGGACAAGUUUUAGCAGAUAGUAAAAUAACACAGUUUCAACAACCAAUAAUAAAUUCACCUACUUUAUUAGAUAAUAUCAAAAAGAUUGUGCCAAAACCACAUUCCAUUGAUCCAAGAGAUGAAUUAAGAAAUAGAGCUAUUGCGCUAAAUUAUCCGGAACCAGUAUAUAAAAUUUAUCCGUCACCGAUUAAAAAUACUGCAUCUAUAUUUGCACAAGUCCAGAUUGGUCCACAUGGGUAUUUAAGUUAUCCAGAAGAAGCACCUACUAUCGAAGAUGCACAAAAGAUUGCAGCAAAAAUUGCGCUGACGGACCUUAUUGAAAAAUUUGGAUCAGGUUUCAGUUUGAACGAAACUAAAGACAAAAAUAUCAUAAGGGAAAGAGUUUUAUCUAUAAUAAAUGACCAUCCAAAUGGUAUUUUCAUGCAUAAAGUACCCAUAUAUUAUGGACAAAAGUAUGAAGAAAUUUUGCCAGGAAAUUGGGAGAAAAUUGUUGAAGAAUGUCCAGCAAUAGUUUUAGAAAAAGGCGUUGAUAAUUCUAUAAUCUUACGUCGAUAUGUUUUAUCUCCUGAAAAAAUGAAAAAUAUCAUACCUCAAAAAGCAGAUAAAAUACAACUAAAUCCAAUUGGUCUUGCUGCACCUGGACAAUUGGAAUUACCAAAAGGAGAUACUUGGCUUGUAUCUGUUACGUGUAUCAUAAGUACUACAGAAAUUUGGGCCCGAAUUGCAGACGAUGCAUACAGUGAACAAUUCGAAAAUAUGACUGCCGAAAUAACUGAACAUUACAGAAAUACUCGAAAUGUUAAACCGAUAACUAUUGAAGUUGGAAAUUACUAUGUUGUUUUUGAAGACGAAUCAUGGCAUAGAGUUCGUUGCGUGGAUUAUAACGCUACUGAUGGAAAUGUUAUAGUUUCAUUUAUCGAUCAUGGCGAUGAAGCUGUUUUCCAUCAGAGUCGUUUACAAAUGUUGGACAGAAAAUUUUGUGUGCUUCCUGCUCAGGCACUGAGAUUAUGUCUUGCUGGUUUAGAAGAUUUUGGCGACUACGAUAGUGUUGUGAAUUAUAUAGAACAGUUUUUGCUGCAUCGUGCAUUCUACGUUGAAGUACUAAAUCGUAGUAAAGAACAAGACAAACCAUUCGCAACUGUUAUAUUUUAUGAUACAUAUGGAAGUGAUGAUAUUAAUUUAAAUACAGAAUUAUCUAAACACAUUUUAGAACAUAUCGUAGUUGCUCCUAAAUUAACUGCGGACGUACAAGUAUCCGAAGUAUUUAUUUCCCACAUAGAACAGGAUGGUGAUGUUUAUGUACAAAUACAGUCUGAAAGUAUGAAGUUUUUGGUCAAAUUAUUAAAUCAGUUAAUAUGUAGUCGAUUAAACGCAGAAGAUCUGGAAAAUUGUGCUGUAACUACUGCAGAUCCUAACCAAAUUUACUUUGUCUCAGUAAAUAAUAAUUGGUAUAGAGGAAAAAUUGUGGCUAAUUGCCAUUUCAAUCAAUUAAAAGUAUUUUUAAUUGAUUUUGGUAAAACUAUUACCACUACGAAGAGCAAUCUUCUUUCUUUAGAAAAAUUAUCUGAAGUUUUAGCAAAAUAUCCUCCACAGGCAUUAAAGGUACAUCUUCAUAACAUUGAUAAAUCAAUGAUUAAUGAAAAGAUGAUUGCAAAACUUAAAGAACUUGCUCCUAGAGGCGAACCAUAUCUCGUGAAAGUGGUAUCGUUUGAAGACAAUAUACCAGUUGUAGAGUUAUUUAAACGGAUUCAACCGAGUAAUAUGCUUGUCUCUAUCAACAACACAUUAGCUCUUGAAGAACUUGCAAAAACACAUGGUGAUGGAAACAAUAAUAUAAGGCCAAGAAAACGUAUAGAACGUUUAAAUUCUAAACACUCGAUAAAUGAAGACGAUGAAAUCGUAAAAGCUCUGAAACCUCCCAAAAUUUCGGAUAUUGGCGAAUAUUUUGAUAUACACGUGACAAUGGCAGCUCAUCCCGGAAAUUUCACUAUUCAACCAUUCGAGGAUAAACGUGCCUUAGAAGCGAUGAUGAUACAAUUACAACAAGCAUGUACAGAAUACAAAGGUCCUGCUCCAUCUAUUGAAUCAGUAAGAGAAGGCAAACUUUAUGCAGCCAGACAUAGCGAUGGCCAGUGGUACAGGGUGUGCAUUUCAAGUGUAAUUAAACAAAAUAUGGUUAGCGUUUACUUUUGCGAUUUUGGAGACGUGUCGGUACUACCGUUAAACAUGUUGCAACCAUUGAAAAGUCAAUUUUUAGAACUACCAUAUCAAGCCAUCAAAGCAAGACUCGCUGGUAUACGACCUGUCGAUGUUGACUGGUCUGUUGAAGACAGCUUAAGGUUUCAGGAAUUAGUCGUGGAAAAAAAUUUCGUGUCGGUAGUCAUUGAGUCUAAACCUGAUGGACUUUUUCCAGCGGACACCGUAUUGGGUUUAAAAUUAAUAGACGUGAAUACAACCGAAGAUAUUUACAUUGAUCAGCUUUUAGUAAACGAGGGCCGAGCCGUAUUCGUUGAUUAAAUAUGUCCAUAAUGUGUAUAGAUAUACCUAAAUAUACUUGAUAAUUAAUAACAUAUACAAGGUUAACGCGUAGCAAAACUAAUAAGUAAUUUAAUUUUUGAAGUUCGUUAAAAAAUUUAUGUACGUAUAAAUAACUAUUUCCCAAAAUACGUGCUAAAAACCUUUAUACAGUUUUAUAGUUUUAUGCUCCAAGACAUAGCUGUUUGUAUAUAACACUAACUGCAGUAACAAUAACCUUUCUAUUUAGCAAUACGUAUAAGAUAUCGAUAACUAUAUCAGAAUAGAAAUAUAUGUUAUAAAAAUAACGGAAAGAUAAAUAUGCGUAUACAUA